GGGAGGCCGCGCGCUGUGCCGGGGGCGUGGGGGAGCUCCACUGGCUCGGUGCUCACCGGUUAUUUCCUCCUCCUCUUCCAGCAGCUUCGCAGGCAGCGCGCUCCUGGCCCACGAGCAGCUUGGCAAGCAGCGCAUGCCUGCCCACAAGCAGCUUGGCAAGCAGCGCAUGCCUGCCCACAAGCUUCAGAUGCUAUGUUGCAUCAGUUGAAAAGCUCUACAGCAAUAUGCCGGGAAAGCGCGCUGCAAAGACGAGCCCGACACCAGAAGAAGGGUCUCCCGAGAGGAAGAAGAUUAAAGUCAGCCAUUCAUCACACCGGACGGAGCCUGGACUGGUGCUGACGCUGGGUCAGGGGGACGUCGGGCAGCUGGGCCUGGGAGAGGAUGUGAUGGAAAGGAAGAGGCCAGCCCUGGUGCAGCUGCCCGAGAAGAUCGUCCAGGCAGAAGCAGGGGGAAUGCACACCGUCUGCCUGAGCGAGACGGGCAAAAUCUACUCCUUUGGCUGCAACGACGAAGGCGCCCUGGGACGCGACACCUCCGAGGAGGGCUCGGAGACCACCCCGGGGCUGGUGGAGCUGCAGGAGAAGGUGGUGCAGGUGUCUGCCGGCGACAGUCACACAGCAGCGCUGACGGAGGACGGCAGGGUCUUCCUCUGGGGCUCUUUCCGGGAUAACAAUGGAGUCAUCGGUUUGCUGGAGCCCAUGAAGAAGAGUGCCCUUCCGGUGCCACUGCAGCUAGGGGUGCCCGUCCUUAAAAUAGUCUCAGGGAACGAUCACUUGGUGCUGCUGACCGCAGACGGGGACCUGUACACGUGUGGCUGUGGCGAGCAGGGCCAGCUGGGAAGGGUGCCGGAGCUCUUUGCCAACCGGGGAGGAAGGAAAGGUUUACAACGACUGCUCGUUCCUCAGCGCGUCCCUCUCAAGGGGAGAGGCGGCAAGGGCCGGGUGCGCUUCCGGGACGCCUUCUGCGGGGCGUACUUCACCUUCGCCAUCACCCAGGAGGGCUACGUCUACGGCUUCGGCCUCUCAAACUACCACCAGCUGGGGACGCAGGACACCGAGCCCUGCUUCACUCCCCAGAACCUGACGUCGUUCAAGAACUCCACCAAGUCCUGGGUGGGGUUUUCGGGCGGCCAGCACCACACGGUGUGCAUGGACUCGGAAGGGAAAGCCUACAGCCUGGGCAGGGCAGAGUAUGGCCGGUUAGGGCUUGGAGAAGGGGCGGAAGAGAAGAGCAUGCCUACCCCCAUCCCGGAGCUGCCAAGUGUCUCCUCCAUCGCCUGCGGGGCAUCUGUUGGCUAUGCUGUUACUCAGGAAGGGCGAGUGUUUGCUUGGGGAAUGGGCACCAACUACCAGCUGGGCACAGGAGAAGAGGAGGACGUCUUGAGCCCCGUGGAGAUGACUGGCAAGCAGCUGGAGAAUCGCGUUGUCCUGUCUGUGUCCAGUGGGGGGCAGCACACCGUCUUGCUGGUCAGAGACAAGGAGCAGAGUUGAUGAUGCAGCAUGAUGCAGCAGUAACGCAGGGGACGCCCCCUCGAGUGGCUCAGGGGUAGGGUUUGGGAGACUGGUCGUUUCCUGAGACCUUCUGAUUUGUCUGCAGAAUUAUGGGGGGAAGCCCCCCCAACUGACACCGGCUGCCUCUUACUCGAAUCCCAGGGGCAGAGUCUGCAUGGCUGGAGUGUGGCUUUUCAGAGACACCUUUCCCCUCUGGAAGCGUGCAGCUUUGCUGGCAUAUUCAGAGCUCACUGCCUCCUCUUCCUCUUCCUCCUCCCUGCUUGGUCGCCCCCGAAGCUGAUUUUCCAGCGUGAUGGCAAAGUGGGUUCCCCACCAUUUUAAACAAUUCCAGGCUCAGCCACGCUGGCAUUCUCCUUUAUAUGCAACAGGACUUGGGUGUCUCAAACUUUUUAAGCCCACAGCACCCGAAAGCCAAAUCCCCCAGCUCCUGUCUUCCUCUUGUCCCAUUUCCUUAGAGCUCUCCCACGGGCCUCGUGUGAUUUGAGUCACUUUUAUGUAUCUGUUGGCCGAGUCUCUUUUUAUUGUAGAUAUCUGAGGCUGGCCCUCCCUCUCCCAGCUCUUCCCCUCCGCUUCUUGCUUGAAUUGCUAGCCGGUGUGAUCACAGCAGACGUGCCUCAGUGCAGCGUAAGGUCCGGAGACAGAGGAUCUAACCUGGGGAGGGUUGUAGGGCAGACAGAGGUGGGAGGAAGCAUUCUGGUCUCUCCUGAGAGGUUUUCUAAUAUCAACUGAGCAUUGAGACUCCUCAGCCGGGAGUCUCUGAAGUCAGUCUCCGAAAUCCUUGUUUAAGUUCCUAAGUAGCUGGCCUUGUUUUUAACUGCAAAGAUGCUGAGCGAUCUUGAGUUCCCUCAGGAGCUGGGAGCGUUCAGGACCUCUGCAGAUUGGGCCACUUUUGAAGAGUAACCCCAGAGUUUUGCAUUUGAAUACGUUGACCUUAGACUAAACCCUACAGGUGGGUGAAGUUUUGAGCAAAUCAUUUGUCUAGUCAAAUCGUUCCAUUUCCCUAUCGGAUGCAGACGAGAGCUAGGAAGAGGCGUAUUUUCACAUGGCUUAACUCCCUCUUACGCACACCUCCUUUUAGAAUUGCAACCAGCCGGUCUUCACUCCCUGUAUCCAUCGCUGGAGACUUGCAACCAGAGAACACUUUUUUGUUGAUGGCUUUUUGUUUGUACUCUUCCGUGUCUCCCCCACCCUCCCCAGUUAGGUUUUUAAUUUGCUACAUAGGCCUUGAAGAGGAGGAAGAGAAUCCAGUUCCAACUAUGCAUUAGAUCACUCAAAGUAACCAGCCUGAUUUAAUACCCUGGAUGAUUGCGUGUGUGUCUAAUCAGCCAGGCCAGCCACACCUCUCCCACUCUGUCUUCUGCUGCUGCUGCAUUCCAAACACCUUGAAUAGGAACCGCAGUUCUGCAAAGAGCCGUUUUCGAUGUUAAGUUAUAGCAAUAUCAGGGAGGGAACAGGGAAAUUGUACAGUGGCUCAUAUAAUAGUUUUGAUUUUUUUUUUUUAAAAAGAAAAGAAUUUAAAAAUAUUUUGCGGGGUGAGUGGGGAAGAGAGGCAGGAAACUAAACUUUUAACAUUUGGAAUAAAUCGAGUUUUGAUAA